AUGUUUUCAAUGGGUGCUCCUAUUUUACGCUGUAUUUUCCUGUAUCUGGCAUACCGUUUCUUUGAAAACGUAGCUCCAUAUAAUCUGUAUGUUUACGCUCAAAAUGGACUAAUUGUUCCCGUUAUUGAUAACCCUCCAAUUUUAAACGCUAACUGCGAGCACACUGUACGGGAAAUUCAAUACCAGAUAGUGCAGAAUGGGAAAUCGGAGAGAGACAAAUCACCAGGCAACCCACUAUAUUUAAGAAAUAAAACAUUUACAAACCAUCAGUUUUAUGGGACUGAUGAAGACGGGAGAAUAGUGUCUGCAUAUAUUCCACAGUGUCGUCUGGACCGACCAGACUUGUAUGUUGCUAGACAGUGUAAUGAGUAUGACUGCUUUUGUGUCAAUGUAACUACUGGAGUAACACUAUUGGGUACACGUGCAAGCCCUGUUGAAGUAGGAGAUUGUUCUACAGCCGUUUAUUCAGUUUUGCUUGCUUUACACGCACGAAGUAUCCUGCCGACUUCUGUUGUUGGCGGACCGCGUCAAGAAAGUUCAUCUGAGACUGGUGAUGUUGAUGGUGUGCUAUGGGAUUCCGAUGCCUCCUUAAAGUUACAUAUAAAAAACAGCAUAGAAAGAAUUUUACGUUCAGCUGUUGGAUUUCAACAAGUAACAAGCGUUACUCGCAUAUCCGCCAUUCCAGAUGUUCAAAAUUUGCAUAACAGUUCCGAAUUUGCAUACUAUCAAGUCCAGCUGACCUCUACUGGUCAUAGCUCUUUGCAAGCACCUCAGGAUCUUUUGGAAAAUCGCCUUCACGAAGGAUUUUUAUCAGAUGUUGGUGCUGUUGAUCCACGUAUAAGCUAUGUAAAAAUCCUAGAGCCUAAAAUUCCAGACCCAGCACCUUUAGCAUCUCAUGAAUCUGAAGAUUUAUUGUCAGACAAACAAAUUAAUUUUCAUUUUUCUGAAAAUGAAAUAUCUCAACAACAACAUCAACAGUCUAAAUCUUUAAUACCAACAGUUGGGCAUAAAAUGGUUGCAGUGAGAAGUUCAGAAACGAGCGAAAAUUCCUAUCUCCUUUCACAUGAAGCAUCAAGUUUAAAAUCUUUAGGUCCUAAAUCAUCAUCAUCGUCAUCCUCCGAAAAUGUAGCACAUAAACUUGGACCUUUUGAACCGAAUACUUUAAGCGGCGGUGUUUCAGCUGUACGUCAAACCUCAAUACAUAGUAGAUCACUUCAUCAGUCAUGGAAUUCUGGGACAUCAACAUCAAAAAUUUUAAGUCAACCUGGUGUAAUAGCUGGUAUCGUUGGAAGUGUAGUACUUGUCUUACUAUUGUUAAUUUUGCUUAUUCUAUUCUGUAUUUAUCGUUUACGUAAAAAAGAUGAAGGAUCUUAUGCUUUGGAUGAACCGAAAAAAUUACCCACAGUUGACACUUAUACAAGAGCACCAACAAGAGAAUUUUAUGCUUAA